AUGAAGUGCUUGUUCGUUAUCCUUUUGAGCGUCGCUGUCGCGUUCGCCGGUGACAAUCUCGCCGACGAAGAACAUGAAGUCACCGCUCCGAUUGGAAAAAUUCGCGGUUCCGUCAUCAUCUCCAGACUCGGCAAGAAAAUUUAUUCCUUCCGCGGUGUGAGAUACGCCGAACCACCGACUGGACAACAACGUUUCCAAGUCGCAAUUCCAGCGGCAGAUUGGAAUGACGUUUUCGAUGCGACUAAAGAAGGACCCGCCUGUCCAGCAUUAUUCGAACAGAAUAUAAUGGAGGAUUGUCUCCGUGUGAAUGUCUAUACAACGAAAUUACCUUCGGAGAACGAUCCUGUAAAGAGACCCGUACUAGUAUUCUUCCAUCCCGGUGGUUUUUACUUAUUCUCGGGUCAAAGUUCUAACUUUGGACCUCAGUACUUGCUAGAUAAAGACAUCGUUCUUGUCACCGUCAAUUACCGUCUCGCGUCACUUGGCUUUCUGAGCACGGGCGAUUCGAAGGCACCGGGUAAUGUGGGCCUGAAGGAUCAAGUUGUGGCGCUUCGAUGGGUCCAGAGGAACAUAGCCGCCUUUGGCGGCAAUCCCGAUAACAUUACUAUAUCCGGCUAUAGCGUUGGUGGAAUAAGCGUAUUGUUGCACAUGGUCUCACCAAUGUCCAAAGGAUUGUUCCAUCGAGCAAUCAUGAUGAGCGGCUCGAUGAUGAUAGAACCGUAUCCGACCGAACAGCUGCAUUUGGCGAAGAAGCAAGCCGAAUUAUUAGACUGUCCAACCGAUACCACUGGCUCUAUGUUGAUCUGCUUAAAUUCCAAACCAGUGGAAAACUUUACAGACACCAUACGCAAUUUCUUUGAGUGGUAUGGUCAUCCAAUUAUGAUAUGGACACCCGUAGUGGAACCUGAGGUUCACGGCGUGGAAAGAUUCCUGCCCGAACAGCCUAUUGAUCUAAUUAGAAAAGGGAAAUUCCAUAAGGUGCCGUUGAUUGCAGGAGUUACUAAAAACGAGUUUGACGGUGUAGUCGCCUAUGUUAACGAGCAACAUCAACUCGGGAAUGAUUCGAUGGUAAACGAUUUGAACAAUGACUGGUAUAGACUCGCACCGAUUAAUUUCAUGUACGAGCGGGAUACACCUCGAUCCAAAAACAUAAGUACCGAACUACGCCAAUUUUACUUUGGCGACCAACCGAUCGGUCCAAAUACUUACGAUGGUCUCGCACAUAUCAAUAGCGACAGCAUAGUUAUAUUUCCAUUGCAUCGUGCUAUAAAAGUGAUCGCAGAAAACACCGACCAACCUGUCUACUUGUAUAUGUCUUCUUAUGUAGGACGAUACAGUUUUGUUAUGUGGAACAAAACCACACCAAACGGAGUGGCACAUCAUGACGAUUUGCAAUAUCUGUUCUUUAUGAAAGUCAAAUUCCCAUUCCUCCAAGACGAUGAUCCGGAAAUUCCUAUAAUGGAACUUAUGACAAGCAUGUGGUCGAACUUCGUUCAAACCGGACAGCCGGUGUCUCCAGCUUUGGCGGAGAAUGUUACAUGGGAUUCAUAUCUACUAGAAAGAGACAACUACCUAGAUAUCACUGAAGAACCAAGAAUGAAAACAGGACUUUAUCCCGACAGAAUGCAAAAAUGGGAUAGUUUGUUUCCUUUAAAUCCAAAAUAGAAAUUAGUUUAAUUUCUAAAAUCGAUUUCACAACAUGUAAUAUAUAUGCUGACUUGCUUACGUUAUUAAGUAAAAGAAACAUGCAUCA